AUACAAAUAUACUUUAGAUGAACUUAUCAACGGUCAUUUAUUUUACCUCGAACCAGCAAAAACUGCCUUUAAUCUUGAUAUUAAACCUAUAAGCUAUCCUGACAAAUGUGAAUUAGUACAAUUACAUUUGAAUGCCAGACAUGGAUCGAGGCAUCCGGAUCCAUUCGAUAUCGUUGCUUACGAUGCAUUGGAAAAAAUAUUUGCCAAUGUUCAUAUUGCAAAAGAAUGGUAUAAAAACCCCUUCCCAGCGAGGAAGGUUCUUCAAUUGAUCAAACGAGGAGAACUCGAACCUUAUUACGAUGGGAUACAAAGUC